ACAAUGUUUCGGAUUUUUUUUUAAGCUGUAUGUUUGGUAAGAGUAAACCUGAUUUUCAAAUGAUAAUUUGAGGAGUAAUAUAUUUUCUUCUUUGACAGCAAAGCAUGACUUUGAAGUUUAGCUGUGGGAGCAAGUAUAUGAUGUGAUAUAUGAUUUCUUUCGAACCUGUUGAGAAUCGUAUAAUCUAACUAUAACCGUCCAUGGUCUUCACAGAAAUGUCCAUAUUACGGUGACUUCAUUAGAAAACAACUCUUCAGGCAGUUUCUCUUCUGACGCAUGAUGUGCAUUUGUCUGAAACUACAACCAUUCAAACUGUGGAAGUCAAGUGCUUGAGGCUGCUUACAAAAAAGGGAUUGAGCGAUAACUCAAAACCCAUUUAUUUGAAAAGGAUACGGCUGAACAGGCUUAGUUACCAAGAUGCUGUACUGUCCGCCAAAUGUUUCUCUGAGUGAAGUGUGGGUAAACAAUGGAAUGUCUCAGUGCUUCAUGGAAACUGUUUCAACCAGCAUUAUUGCUGGAUUUCUCUUCAUAUUUGGCUCAGUGCAGCUUUGGAUAUACAAGAAAUACGCAACUCAAGUGUCCUUGAUAUCUUUGCCACGGUCAAAACUGUACUAUGCACAGAUUAUAUUCACUGUGCUUCUGUCAGUUUUAGCAGUGGUGAGGUGUAUCUUGCAAGUAACUAUAUUGAAUGAUGGCAUUCUUUAUGGAUACAUGAUAAUGUCACUGCUCUAUGCAGUGAGUGUCUUCCCUUUCUCUCUUCUACUUAUCACCGUUGAGCGCCACUUUUUGCUACCCUCUGUUCCUACUCGAGGUCAUGGGCUCAUUUUGCUUCUUUUCUGGACUUUAGUUCUCACCACUGAAAAUUUGGCUUUCCUAAAUUUACGUAAAGAAGACUGGUGGUUUCACUUGAAAACAUUAUCUGACAAGGUGGAUAUGGCAAUUUUUGUUAUUCGUUACAUUUCAUGCCUGAUUGUAUUUGUUUUGGGCUUAAGAGCCCCAGGCAUAAUGACCACAAGGGAUUACUUCAAUUUAAAUCACACAUCUUCAGAGAAUAUUCAGGCUGAUGAACGAGAUGUUUCAAGUCAAGGUUCAACAUUCAGGAAUGCAUGGAAGAAAAUAAAAACACUUGCACCUUUCUUAUGGCCACAGAAAGAUAUUUUGCUUCAAUUAAGGGUGAUAUUUUGUUUUAUUCUGUUAAGUGGUGGAAGAGUCAUCAAUCUUUAUGUUCCCAUCUAUAGUAAAUUAAUCGUUGAUUCCCUUGCGGAAGUACCUCCUCGCUUUUGCUGGGAUUUUGUUCUUACAUAUGUUGCCUUCAAGUUUUUGCAAGGUGGAGGCACUGGGGGAAUGGGGCUUUUGAAUAACCUACGUUCUUUUCUCUGGAUAAGAAUCACUCAGUACACAACACGUGAAGUUGAGGUGGAGCUCUUUCGCCAUCUUCACGGACUUAGUCUGCGGUGGCAUCUCGGUAGAAAAACUGGAGAAGUUUUGAGGGUUAUGGAUCGGGGAACAGAUAGUAUUAAUAAUCUCUUAAACUACAUACUUUUCAGUAUUGUUCCUACCAUUGUGGAUAUAGUGGUAGCUGUUGUGUUCUUUAUUUCUGCUUUCAACUGCUGGUUUGGACUUAUUGUUUUCCUGACAAUGGCUCUCUACAUAGUUGCUACUAUAAUGGUAACUGAAUGGCGUACAAAGUUUCAACGCCGCAUGAAUCUUGCAGACAACGCUACAAAGGCUCGCAGUGUGGAUUCUCUAUUGAACUUUGAGACAGUAAAAUACUAUGGAGCAGAAAAUUAUGAAGUAGAAAGUUAUCGUGAAGCUAUUCUAGAAUAUCAGAAAGAAGAGUGGAGGUCAAUGGUUACUCUAAACAUCCUGAACACAGUUCAGAAUGUAAUUGUAUGUGGUGGCUUGCUUGCUGGCUCUCUACUGUGUGUUCAUUUGGUUGCUGUUCAUCGAGAACUGACAGUAGGAGACUACGUAUUGUUUUCAUCAUAUAUUAUUCAACUCUAUGUACCUCUCAACUGGUUUGGAACAUAUUACAGGGCAAUUCAGAAGAACUUUGUAGACAUGGAAAACAUGUUUGAUUUGCUCAAAGAAGAACAGGAAGUGAAAGACUUGCCUGGAGCAAGCACGUUGCUUGUCAAAAGAGGAAGUAUUGAGUUCCAUAAUGUAAGUUUUGGAUAUAUACCAGAGAAGGUUGUACUUCAUAAUAUCACUUUCAGUGUUCAAACAGGGAAGACUUUGGCUUUGGUGGGGCCAUCUGGCAGUGGGAAGAGCACAAUUAUUAGGUUACUUUUCAGGUUUUACGAUGUUGACACUGGAGCCAUCUUUGUAGAUGGUCAGAACGUUAAAUUUGUAACACAGGCAUCUCUACGGAAAAUAAUUGGGGUAGUGCCGCAAGAUACUGUGCUUUUCAACAACACAAUCAAGUACAACAUACAGUAUGGAAGAAUUUCAGCACCUGAAGAUGACAUUAUUGCAGCUGCCAAGAAUGCUGAUAUUCAUGAAAGAAUAGAAAGUUUCCCUGAUGGUUACAAUACAAAGGUUGGUGAAAGAGGCCUGAAAUUGAGUGGUGGAGAGAAGCAAAGAGUAGCUAUUGCUCGAACUCUGUUAAAAGCACCAACAAUUGUGUUGCUGGAUGAAGCCACAAGUGCUUUAGACACUCAAACAGAACGUAACAUACAGGCAGCUCUGAAUAGAGUUUGCAGUAAUAGGACUACAAUUAUUGUGGCUCAUCGUCUCUCUACAAUCAUCCAUGCUGAUGAAAUAUUAGUGCUUAAGGAAGGAGAAAUAGUGGAAAGGGGAAGACAUGAAGACUUGAUUGCAAAAGAUGGAGAGUAUGCGAAGAUGUGGGAACAGCAGCUAAAGAAUGAAGACAAUAAUAAAAAUGCUAAAAGUGAAAAAGAUGUAGAAGAAACUAGUAGAUAGCAAUUUAUAUAAAGUGAUUUAUUGUAAUGUUGAAUGGUGGAUCUGUUGUAAAAAAUUUCUCAUAAAACUCUAACUGCUUUGUGUGCUGUGUUUAUUGUUUGCAACAGAUAGUACCUUUGUAGUGAACAACUGUGUUGAAAUUAUUUUGCGUUUUACAUUAUACUUUUAUUGAAACGUAAACAGACAGCAACAGUUAUGGUUUGUUUAUGGUUAAGAUGUAUUAACAAAAAAAUUUUAACCUUAAAAAAUAAUUUUAAAAUUAUUACACUUACCUUGUGAAGAAGGUAAUUUUGUAUCGUUUGUCUAAUACUGUUUGAAUUGGGAUGAAAAGGAAAGAGUGUUACUAACUUGUUAAUACACCCAGUAAAAACUAAACACACACUUUUC